GAACUGAGCUCAUUCCAUUCAUCCAUCAACGUUUUGCGGAAACAUCACCAUGGCUGCUAGAAUCUUGUCCACAGCUCUGUGCGCUUUGCCACGUCAGCGCAUUGCCAUCACUGCAGCCAAACCCCUUGCACUUAAGUCGACAUCUCUCCUUGGCCGACAGGCAUUUUCCUCUUCGUCUGCUCGCAAAAUCGAUAUCACCCCUACCGCCGAUCCUAACCAGAAAUCCGGCAACGACCAACUUCAUGAAUACGGAAAGUUCAUCAUGUCGGCUAUGCCAAAGUUCGUUCAACAGUUCUCGGUGUACAAGGACGAAUUGACCUUGCACAUUGCCCCUACGGCCGUUAUUCCCGUUAUGACUUUCUUGCGUGAUCAUACUGGUGCUCAAUUCAAGUCAGUACAAGACAUCACUGGUGUUGAUUACCCAUCGCGUGAUAACCGUUUCGAAGUUGUUUACAACAUCUUGUCCGUUCGCUACAAUGCCCGUAUUCGCGUCAAGACCUAUGCCAGCGAAACCUCUGCUGUCCCCUCUGUUGUUCCUAUCUUCAGUGCUGCCAACUGGCUUGAACGUGAAACUUAUGACAUGUAUGGUGUCUUCUUCGAGAACCAUCCCGAUUUGAGAAGAAUCUUGACCGAUUACGGCUUCGAAGGUCACCCAUUGAGAAAGGAUUUCCCUCUCACCGGUUAUGUUGAAGUCAGAUACGAUGAGGAGAAGAAGCGUGUUGUUUCUGAGCCUGUUGAACUUGCUCAAGCUUUCCGUAACUUCGAGGGUGCUCUUUCACCAUGGGAGCAAGUUGGCCCUGGCCGAGAUGAUACUCCAUCAAAGCAACUCGCUGAAGGUGAAAAGAAGCAAUAGAUUCCAUUAGUUAUAAAUACAUGUUUUUCCCCCCAAAUUUGAUGGUUAUAUUAAAAAAAAAAAAACAAUACACAACACGAUGGGUUGUUUGCCGCCCCUCUCUCCCCUCCAUAGCAUCUGAGGGCAAAGAAGUGGGUUUUUAGGUGGCCACUGGAGUGGAUCCAUCACAGAGAUGAACCCACCGUGUCGGCCGUAGACCGUUUAAUUGGGUGGAGCCUUUGCGUCAAGUCACCUGAGAUCGCGCAAAAAAUCCCUCGGUAGCACUUGACCCUCAU